UGGCGUAGUAGGUAGGUUAUGCUGUCGGUUCGGCUGGUGGUUUAUCCUAGGUUGUAUUCUGUAUGUAAAUAGAUUAGGGCGUUUUACGCUAAAAAAUAUAUAUUUUCAAGUUUAUUUUGGUUUUUUCAUAUGGUCACUCAUAUGGUAGCCGAUACUAGGUUAAAAUUUUAGACAUCGUGACACUGUGUUUUCAUUUAGUCAAAAAUAAAAAAUGGCCAGUUUUGGUCUGACUUCAUCCAGGUUUUGUACAAAAGUAAAUUCGCAGUUGAUAGCCAAGUCUUUCAAAGUUUUUCCAAUACAAAGUACAUGCCACCUUUGCACAGUUAACCAGCCCAAAUUAGUAUACAAGUUUAAAAAAACAUUUCGAUACAGGCACUUCUCGGAACAGAGCACGUGGAAAGCGUGGCCGAACGUGCAGGGCGAUCAGGCCCAGAAGAACCGGCCUCCGGCUGCUAAGCCUGAAGACCCGGAACGUGACGAUGACCAGAAAAACAGGGACGAAUCCUGGAAAAAGAUGAAGUACAGCCUUUUUGCUGUAUUUUCGACCAUAGGGAUUGGAGGUGGUUUCGCUGCUUACACAUUGGGAAAACCCGAUGUUGAUGAAAAUGGGCAAAUUAAAGAAGAUGAUUUCAGUGAUUUGCCUAUGUUCAAGCAGUUUUUUAAAAGAAUGCUUCACAACAUAGAAUACUACAAUAAAAUGAUAAAGGAGCCAUCAAGAGACAAACUUUUGCCGGAACCUUUGACACAUCCAUAUAUUCAACCUCCUUACACACUAGUCUUAGAGAUGACUGAUCUUCUUGUUCACCCAGAAUGGACUUAUCAGACUGGAUGGAGGUUUAAAAAAAGGCCAGGAGUUGAUAAAUUUCUCGAACAAGUCGGUCCACCUAAUUUUGAAGUUGUGGUUUACACUGCUGAACAAGGAAUGACUGUUUUCCCAAUCCUGGAUUCACUGGAUCCCCAUGGUUAUAUAAUGUUUAGGCUAGUCCGAGAUGCCACAGACUUCAUAGACGGCCAUCAUGUCAAAAACCUUGAUUGUUUGAAUCGAGAUUUGAAAAAGGUGAUUGUUGUUGAUUGGAAUCCCAAUUCGGUUAAACUCCAUCGGAACAACACAUUUUUGAUCCCCAGGUGGAGGGGAAAUGAUGAUGACACGACUUUAGUAGACUUAGCAGCAUUUUUGAAAACAAUUGCAUCAAAUGAUAUAGAAGACGUGAGAGAUGUUUUGAUUUAUUAUGGCCAAUUUGAAAAUCCAAUAGAAGCUUUUAGGAUUAAUCAGCGAAAACUUUUGGAGCAGAUGGAAGAGAGGGAAAAGUCUGAAAAAGAGAAGAAGCCCUCUUUCACGCAACCAUGGUCUAGUUUCUCCUUUAACAAAAGAUAAAACAAAAAAGAAAAAUCUUAAAGGAUAAUGAAUAGAAUUAAUAAGAAAUGAGAGACAAUUGGAUCCCAAAUUUUCAUAUUAAUACACAAAACUUAGUUUGAUUUAAAAUUCGUCUAACACACUUCCAACUCAGUUUUGUUUGAUAAACAAAUGCGAUUGUCGGUUCGUAUUUUCAAUAAUAUAAAACUUAUCCAAAGGAUAAAACUAGA